AUGCUGCACUUCGUGGAUCUGCACAUCAAAGAUGACCUCGACUACGUCACCGUCUACGAAGGUAGGACGCCGAUAUUUGAAGAGGAUGUGCAGAGAAUUCGUAUAUCUGGGUUCGACCGUCCUCCAAACAUAACCUCUGUAGGAUCCUACCUCUGGCUCCAAUUCACCAGUGAUGCGGAAUCUAAUGAUAAAGGAUUCAAUGCUCUUCUGUCGUACAUUCAUAUACGUGAUAUAUUUUUGACGAUUGUGGAGGCAGCCAAUAUAACAUCUCCUAACUACCCAAACCAAUACGACGAUAAUGCCGAUAUACUAUGGAAAGUUACAGCGCCCUCCGGGUACAGAGUCGUACUCCAUUUCAAGUACUUUAUCACGCAGCAACACAAGGACAACGUUACUGUCUUUGAGGGUCGGGCACCGGAAUUUGAUAAGUCCGUGAUAAGAAUUCAUGAAUCUGGUAGCACCAUUCCGAGCAAUAUUACCUCUGUUGGAUCCUAUCUUUGGCUCCGAUUCAUCAGUGGCGGACAAUCCAUGUUAGGCACACACACAGGAUUUAGUGCACAACUUUUGUUAGCCGAUAUACCAGUUAUCGAUUUGACGCUCACGGAGACCGCCAACUUAACAUCGCCUCAAUUUCCAAACCAAUACGACAACAACACUGAUGUUCUAUGGAAGGUGAAGGUUCCAACUGGCUACAGGGUUGUAGUGACCUUCGUACAUUUCAAUACAGAGAAUGAAAAUGACUUCGUUACUCUUUUUGAAGGACGUUCCCCCGAUUUUAAAGAGUCUACGGAAAGAAAGAAGUUGUCUGGAAGUCCUCGAUUGGGUAGCUUUACCUCUAUUGGGUCCUACAUGUGGCUUCGCUUUACCAGUGAUGGAGGGAACAGCAUUGCAUUGCUUUCCCCAGGCUUUGAGGCGAUGCUUUCUUAUAUUACGAUAAGAGAAAUUACCUUAGAGAAUCCAGAGUCCGUAGCUGAAGUUACAUCUCCGAACUUUCCGCAAGAGUACAAUUACGAUGAUAUCUUAUGGAGGGUGAAAGCUCCAGCAGGCUACAGGGUGCUGCUCCAUUUCACCGCUUUGGACACAGAACCCGAGUAUGAUUUUGUCACCAUUUAUGAAGGGCGGGUGCCGGACUUGGAGAGAUCUACGAGGAGAAGUCGUAAUUCUGGAUAUAACAGUCCGCUUAACAUAACCUCGAUUGGAUCCUUCCUUUGGAUACGAUUUACCAGUGAUCAAAAUUACCAAGCCAAUGGCAACAUUACCUACACAGGGUUCAGGGUCCUGCUUUCCUCUGUCCGAAUACCUGGUAUAUUGUUAAUGACUUCGGAAACGGCAAACCUGACAUCUCCGAAAUUUCCUCGCUCAUACGACAGCAAUACCGACAUUCUUUGGAAAGUGAUCGCUCCAUCAGGCGAAAGGGUGAUGGUUACUUUUUCUGCUUUCGACACCGAGUCAGGUUAUGACUUCGUCACCAUCUAUGAAGGACAAACGAAUGACUUUGAGGAGGCUGUUGAGAGGUACAAACUAUCUGGGUCAUCCCCUCCAGACAACAUUACAUCCAUAGGGUCGUACGUUUGGCUCCGAUUUACAAGUGCUGGUGACCUUCAGAGUUGCACAUCAUGCUCUGGAUUUAUGGCAAUGAUAGGUACCGUUCCUAUACGAGGUGAGCAUCGGACAACCGUUGAAUUUGGAAAAUCGAGGUAUAUAGGGACAAACAUGGGGAAAAUGCUUCGACUUGUUCCCCCCCCCCCCCCCCUGAUGAUGAUUCAAACCUAUUCAAUUUAUUUAUCUCAGGAUAGAUAG